AGAGCAUAUGAAGCCAGCUUCAGGAUCAAAUGGAUUUAUCUCACGGCCUUCUUGGUGUAAAAGGCAUUCUCCAAAAUGACAAGCAACAGCAGCAGGGAGGAGCGUAUGAAGCCAGGACUGCUGAAGAUGCACAAGCUGUGGGUCAUGUUGCUGGCUGUAGCUGCAGUCUCACUUGCCUUCAUGUGCUUUCUGAUGCUGAAUGACAGACCUGAUAUCAAUAUUCCAGAAGCAGAAGCAUGUCAAGGACUGUUGAGCAACAUAACACAACCUCAGAAGGUGAAUGAGAUUUGGAGCUUGARGCACCUGAGUCUAAUGCAGAGCUGCCACUGGAAGUUCAACGCUACUGCCUUGGCCAAAUACAGGGCAGAACUGGGGCACUGCUGCAAUGCCUCAGCCUGGCUAGCUGUGACMCAAGAAAACACACCCUUGGGGUCCAAGCUGGUCUAUGAUGCUGGUCGCUCCAAAAGCUUGCAAGUAAGCAGUGGCUUGCUGGAGAUCCUGCCAGAGAAAUCCCCCUUUCAGGACCCUCUCUACAAAACCUGUGCUGUGGUGGGAAAUGGAGGAAUCCUCAGGAACAGCAGCUGUGGCUCUAAAAUUGAUAAGCACCAGUUUGUAAUCAGGUUUAACCUGCCUUCUAUGGACUUCCCUGAUGAUGUGGGCAGAAAGUCAAGCAUUGUCACUGUGAAUCCCAGUAUCCUUCAAACAAGGUUUCGUGGUCUGAAUGGUCGACGUCUGCCAUUUGUGAAGGCAGCAAAUUCCUAUGGAAAGACUUGGUUUCUCAUCCCAGCUUUCUCCUUCCCUGGCAAUAAUGAGGCUUCUUACCGAGCACUCUAUGCCUUACAGGACUCUGGCUCCCAGUCACACGUGCUCUUCUUCCACCCUCAGUACCUGAGUGCACUAAGCAAGUACUGGCAUGAUCGUGGUUUUUACACCCGUCGCCUAUCCUCAGGUUUCAUGCUGGUGAAUGCUGCCCUGGAGUUGUGCCAAUACAUUACACUCUAUGGAUUCUGGCCCUUCUCUUUGCAUCCAGAUGGCCAUUCCCUGCCCCAUCAUUACUAUGACAAUGUGCCUCCCAACCGGUGGUUGCACAUCAUGCCCAAAGAGUUCGCUUACUACGUGGAUAUGCACUUCCAUGGKGUGCUACAGCUGCACGUGGGGCGCUGCUGAAGGCUCAAGACAAAGAGGGUCUAAAGAACAAAGGGUUUUAAACUGUCAGAGGKCAGAGUUAGAUGGGAUAUUAGAAAGAAGGUGAAGAUGGUGAGGCCCUGGCACAUGAUGUCUAGAGAAGCUGUGGCUCCCCCAUCCCUGGAAGUAUUCAAGGCCAGAUUGACCAGGGCUUGGAGCAACCUGGUCUAGCAGAAGAUGUCCCUGUCCAUGGCAGGGGGGUUGGAACUGGAUGAUCCUUAAGGUCCCUUCCAGCACAAGUGAUUCUGUGAUUCUGUGAUUCUGUGAUUCUAUGAUUCUAUGAAUAAGGUUUCUGCUGUUGUUAUGAUCCAUUUCGGGAUCUUCUGAUAGAAUCACAGACCUAGAUGCAAACCUAGAGACUCCAAGGAUCAAAAGUAGGUCUCCUUCUCUUUUACACACUGUUCCAUUCAGCAAGUAGCACUGGCAUCAGAUAAUUCUAAUAUUAAUUAAUGGGGAGUCACUAAUUGUUAUCUGUUAGUGGCUAAAGAUUAAUGAAAUUGUUAAUAAAUAAUUUCCUUUCUU